UGAAAAUGACAUUAACCAAGAUGGCGCCUGGAGGUAGAAAAAAGUGAUGAGAAAAUAAAACAACAAGCGACAUAACAACACAGCAGUGUGUGUCGAUAUACCAUUCGCAGCUGUUUCAAACCAGAUCUCUGUUUUAUCACCGGGCAACUGGCGGGCACGCGCAGAGAAGUUAUUCAGCUAAGUGUUCGUUAACUAGUAGCUUGAAGUGGCUAGCGUUAGCUAUCUUUAACUGCGGAAGGCGAGUGAGGAGAAGACAGGCAGGCAGAUCCAAGUAGAAGCUGACAAGUCAAAAGGAUUUAUUUAUUUAUUUAUUUUUUAAAAUAAGUGACGCCUUUGAUACUCGAAACACCAUUGAAGAGCCGUUUGCAUUCGAAGUGGGAUCUGUCAGGGAAGUUUUGUUUCUCCUCUGAUAAAGAAAGCUGUAGAGACGAGGAAAGGCGUCAUCUUUUCCUAUUUGACGCCAUGGCUCACUCUCCUAUUCAGGCUGGACUGCCGGGGAUUCAGAAUUUCAAAGCUGAUCCAGAGGAGCUUUUCACUAAACUUGAGAGGAUAGGGAAAGGCUCUUUUGGAGAAGUCUUCAAGGGCAUCGACAAUCGGACUCAGAAAGUUGUGGCCAUUAAAAUAAUUGAUCUGGAGGAGGCUGAGGAUGAAAUAGAAGACAUUCAACAGGAAAUCACAGUUCUAAGCCAGUGUGACAGUCCGUUUAUCACCAAGUACUUUGGAUCCUAUCUCAAGGGUACAAAAUUAUGGAUUAUUAUGGAAUAUUUGGGUGGUGGAUCAGCUCUUGAUUUGUUAGAACCCGGGGCCCUUGAUGAAACACAGAUUGCCACAAUCCUGAGAGAAAUCCUGAAGGGACUCGAGUAUCUGCACUCUGAAAAGAAAAUUCACAGGGAUAUCAAAGCUGCCAACGUGUUGCUGUCAGAACAAGGCGAUGUGAAGCUUGCAGACUUUGGCGUGGCUGGCCAGUUGACAGACACGCAGAUAAAAAGGAACACUUUUGUUGGAACACCUUUCUGGAUGGCACCUGAAGUCAUAAAGCAAUCUGCCUACGAUUCAAAGGCAGACAUCUGGUCGUUAGGAAUAACAGCAAUAGAACUGGCUAAAGGAGAGCCACCCCACUCUGAUCUUCAUCCUAUGAAAGUUUUAUUCCUCAUCCCAAAGAACAAUCCACCGACACUGGAAGGAAACUACAGUAAACCACUUAAAGAAUUUGUUGAAGCCUGUUUAAAUAAGGAACCAAGUUUUAGGCCAACUGCCAAAGAGUUGUUAAAACAUAAAUAUAUUGUAAGGCAUGCCAAAAAGACAACUUAUUUGACAGAGCUGAUUGACAGAUACAAGAGGUGGAAGUCUGAGCAGUCACAGGAUAAAUCGAGCUCUGAUGAAUCUGAUGAUGAGCCAGACGGUCAGGCAUCUGGAGGUGACAGCGCUGCUAAUGAUGACUGGAUCUUUAACACCAUCAAGGGAAAAGACCUGAAGAAGGUUCAGAAUGGAGAAGCACAGCCUGCUGAGUUAGAAAGGAAAGAGUUGCAGGAGAGUCUAAAGAGGCCUUUGUCACAAAGUUUAUUGAUGAUAUUCUCUCCAUUGUUUUCUGAGUUGAAAGAAAAAGGUGAGACAAGUAAUGGCAAGCCAGAAACUGCAGAGAAGCUGAAGGAGGCCAUAUUCCUGGCAGAAGACGCACACCCGGGGAUCUGUGACUCUCUGGUGGCUGAGCUAGUGCAGAGACUUCAGAGGUUUUCUGUGCCGCAGACGGCCACUGCUUAGUGAGAAGAGCUACAUCUCGCUCUGCUCUACUUUUCCACCCUGGUGGCAGCAGUCAGACUUUUUCCUCUGACCUCCACAGCUGAGAUGAAGUCUCCCAGGAAGGUCUACAUCACUCAUUUGCCUGAAGCAAAUCCUGGCCUACUUACUGUCUGUUAAUAUGCUAGCACAGCACAAGAGGGUCCUAUUCAGGACAGUUAGUGGCCAUUCAUUCAGCUGCCACCUGCUGUAUGAUGUCUCUUCUUAGCACCUCUUUUAUCUAUUUUAUUUUCAGAGUGGAGUUGGUCAUCUUUCUGGAAUGACUCAAGUUUUUUGGUGAAAAUGUGGCUUUUUCACAAAAAAAGUUUACACUCGGCACCCUUUCAGAAAGCCUUUGCUUAAUUAAUUGUGUGCAUGGUUGUGUGGGUGUGUGUAGCUGCACAAGAUAUUCUGUGAAAUGUGCAGUGAAGAGUGACGAGUGAAUUGAGGCAUUUGAUUGAAAACUCAGGUAUCAUGCUUUAAGUGGCUUGGGCCCUCUGGGAGAUGGAAGGAGCUUUCACAGGGUGGUUGUACAGACUUGUAAAUAAGCUCAUUUCUACAAAUUCAUGAAAACAUGUUGGGGUGUUUAGAACCACUGUGUACAAAUGGCCAAAUGCAAUCUGUAGAUAAUGGUUUUAAGGUAAAUAUUUUGAGAGUGGCCACAAAUGAGAUUGCCUUGCUUUUGUGCUUGUUCUUUUGUAUAUCAAUCUUUGUUUUCUUUCUUGUCUCUGUACCUGUAAUCUGAAGCACUCAUCUAGUGAAUGAAUCUGGCUGCCCUCAUUUUUUUACUAUUGAUUCAUUAUAUAUUACUUCAUUUUCGUUAACUUUUUGGAUUCACACUCUUUGCUGUUGCAGUGAUAAUAUUGGUGAAUGUAGAAAAAAAAUUGGCUGGUUUAUUGAAGCCUCACCAGUUUAAACACUGGAUGCUGUUUUCAACAUUCAUUCCACAAGGGUAUAGCAGAUCAGGUUUGGUAGACUCUACGUCAUUUAUUUGCUGAGUGUGUGUGUGUGUGAUUGAUUAGAAAAACUGAGGUUUCGUCCUUUCAUUCCAUUAAUAGGGCAGUGCCAUCAUCUAGUUUAUACAUCAGCAGACUGUUAGUCUUCCUAGAAGCUGCUGUGGUACCAUCUCCUCAGUGUACCUUCAGCUUUAAUUGCACUUCAAAUAUAAAUGCCUUUGACUAUAAACAAAGUAGCCAUAAAACAGUAGCAUGAGACUUGCAGUAUUUUUGCAGGUACGCACCAUACUACAGUAUGAGACAGAAGUCAAUCUGAAGUCUCGAGACUUGGACUCUGGGGUGGGUCAUGCAGUGUAAUAUUUGCCUGGCUGUAACUUUCCAUCUGGACAUAUGAGAAGUUUUCUAGUCGCACAGUAAAUGCACGCAGGUCUAAACUUCAUGCAUAUUAAAUUAUCAUGCUGUCAGAUGUACAUCGUAGCAAAAAAGCCAAGAGGUGUUAAAACAACAACAAAAACAAAAAACAUCUGCACUGCUGAUGACUGUAGUUUAGAAGGAAUGUGCAUGAUAGUAUUAACAGUAUAAAGCCUACUGCUUUGUCUGAGUAGUAUGUGUUGUAGCAUACUUCUGCAGGAUGAAAAGAAUGUCGAGUCCUGAACAGAGUUGAAUCAGCCUUAUAGUAUUUGUUUUAAAUGGAACGAGUGGUGUCAGCUUUAAAUGUUAGAUUUUUUUUUUCUUCUGUUUUUGUGAUUUCUCAGUUGUUCUCCCUUCUAAUGUAAAAAUGCUUCUGCAUUUAUUUUUUCAAAGAUGGCUCCUGAUAAUGGACCAAAAGCAUUUCUUUGGUUUCUUAGUAUAGUGCGCAUGCACAAAUGGACCUUUUGUACUUUGCUGUCAUCUUUACAGUUGGGGUGGGGGCCGGGGAGUGUUUUCAUAAAUCUUAGGGGUCAGAUGAUGGCUUUUUUUUUUUUUUUUUUUGCUCAGAGGCUUACCACAGUAUUACAUAGUGUACAGUGCAAGUUAAAGAAACAGUCCUGUGGUUUAGGAAAUAUAUUUGUUUUUUUUUUCUCUCUGGGGGAGGGAAGAUAUCAGUGCCGACUUUAUCAAGUUCCUCUCUACAGUCUAACCCAGUCCAAUAUAUGUUUCACCUAAAGUUUUUUUUUUUAAUUCUCUCUCUUUAGUUUCACAGUAGAUGUUUAAUUCAGUUUAAUGCUUCAGCAUUGAUGUCAUAGUGAUGAUAAUGCACUGGUCCACAAUAAAGCACAAUUAUUUCUAAUCAUCUACCCCAUUUGUAAAUAAAGGACCAAAAAAAGGAAGAUAAAAAAAAUCAAUGUCUGAAUAAUAUAGUCCUGGGACAUCACCUGUAAAUGAAUAAUAUGUAAAUCAUGAUAAUCAUAAUAAAAUCUAACUCAGAUGUUCAGCUACAGUCAGCUUUUGUUUAGUCAACAGUUGACAGGAGAACAAGCUGGAACAGGAUGAGCGGCAUGGCUGUGUCUAACCAGAGCACAAUACCAUCAUCACCUCUGAAUCCCUCUUACUGGACAUUUUACAUUUGAGCAAAACAGUAUUAAGCAGUUUACUUGGGGGGCGGGGGGUGUGUAUUGUUUUCAAGACAUCCGUAACUUCCUCCAUUUGUUGCCUUAUACUGAUUUAGAGUCCAGGUGUUGUAACGUGUCCUACGAGUCCCACUCUUUAUGCUAAGUUAAACUUAUUGUGGUGUUUAAUUGACAAAGAAAUAUUGAGUGUUUCCCAAACUAGCUAACUAUUUCUCAUAAUUUGGAGAUUUUAUUAUUUUAGGAAUAACAUUUUAGUCGAUUUCUUUUGGCAUACACAGCUGCCAUAUUUAGUUUGCUGCUGUAGUGAACACACGGUAGAUUGAGUAAAAGUUGUUAGAAUCCAGCUAACACCACAUCAAGAAACAACAGCAGAGUUCUGCACUUUUUUUUCUCAGCGAAAAAUUGUCCACAUGUUCAUUCCAACUUCACACAUGAGUGAGAAGUGCCAUGUUAGCUCUCCGCCCCAAACUGAGACUAACGCAAUACAGUUUGCACCUUCUACAUGGUCUGUCUAUCUUUGUAUGUGUUGCACUUUCUAGGCUUUGUUUUGUUUUUAAAAGAAGUGGUACUUCAGGUUGUAAUAUGUGCUUUUCUCCCCCUUCUUCCUUUUUUGUUAUGUAGAUAUGUGUGUGCAUGUAUCUAUGUGUGUGCGCAGUUCUACCCUUUGCGUGUAGUAUGGCAAUAAAGCAUUAUGAUGGC